AUGGAUCCCGACCGAGCUAUAGCAGAUGACGUAGAAAGCAAUGCACCAGCCCUCGCUCAAAGGACGGUGCCUGAAGAAAGUAGACCCGUAACCAAACAAGGAGCAGAGGAGUUUAGAGCUAACACUGAGGAUGAUGCUGAGAGAGCUAAGUUUUGGCUCAAGAAUUCUAUUCAGGUGUUCGAUGAACUGUCUUGUACACCUGAAGAGUGUUUGAAGUGCGCUAUUUCGUUGUUGAGGAAUGAUGCCUACCAUUGGUGGAAGACUUUGAUUUCGAUUGUGCCUAAGGAGGCAGUUAAUUGGGACUUCUUUCUUGAGGAAUUCCGGAAGAAGUAUAUUAGCGAGAGAUUUAUUGACCAAAAACAUAAGGAAUUUCUUGAACUUAAGGAGGGUCGCAUGUCGAUUAUCGAAUAUGAGCGAGAGUUCAUCCGGCUUAGUAAGUAUGCCCGAUAG